AUGCGGGAAAUGAGCGGCUUUUUCGACCUCAAUACAAGCCACAAUCAUUUACCGCGGGUCCACAAGCCCCGAGUAACCCUAGGAAAUCAUUUAAUCAACACGGCGCAUCCAUCCAACACAUUAGCAUCAAAAGAAGAGGGAGAGGUGGUAAGAACUUUUGACAAAAAACAGACGUUUCGGGAGGGCAGAUUAGGGAUGUUCCGGGAGAUAUGGCAAAGUUGUGUGUCAGAACAGGUCAAAGUUGUUAGAGCAAACCCAGGUUGUUCUCAAAACUCUAAAAGAGUUAGGAUGGAUCGUCAACACAUCCAAGUCAAUCCUAGUCCCCCAGAGGUCGUUGGAGUACUUAGGUCUAGUAUGGGAUACCUGGAACAACAAGAAAAGCCUGCCACAGAAGAAAAUUCUGGGUCUACAGACUACUAUAGCAAGAUUUCUCACACAACAACAAGCGACGCUUCGGGAAGUUCAAGGUCUAGUAGGGACCAUGAAUUUUGUCCGUCUGGCUGUCCCACAGGGUCGAUUAAACUUCCGCUAUCUCCUGAAACAUUGCAUAUCUAUGCUUCAAAACAAUGUCAAGGAGAAAACUCGGCUACCAAUACAGGUAAUGAAAGAACUCAAGUGGUGGAGGCGGAACUGCGACAGGUCGUCUCUACUUCACCUUCCACUUCUGACCCACUUCUUAACGACAGACGCUGCCGAGACCGGCUGGGGAACAGAAUUAAAUGGGGUACAGAUACGGGGCGAAUGGUCGAGAGAGGAAUCCAGAAUUCACUCGAAUCAAAAAGAUAUGUUGAGCAUAUUGAAGCGUCUUCACCAAUUCGGUCCUCUUCUAAGCCAUUCAUCGUUGUUACUUCAGUGCGACAACAAGUCGGUCGUAUCUACGGAAAGAAGGAGGAAGUCGAUCGGUGCCAC